AUGCCUCACUUGCCGGACUCGUAUGCUGUGUGGAUGGGUCCUCUGCACACCCACCAGCAGAUCAAGGACAAGUAUGGAGUGGACGAGGUUCACUAUAUCGAGGAUAUGGCAGCAGUGCUGAAAGCAGCAGCAGCAGCAGGGAGUGGCAGUGGCCUGCCGACUCUCUUCCUCCUGAAGGGGAUCAACACCGACAGUGGCAACUCCUGCAAGCCAGCCCACUUCGAUGGCAUAGACGCGUUUCCCCAGGACCUGACGGUGUUGCACCCAGAACUGAGCGAAUGCCGGGUGAUCAAAUCCCAGGAGGAGAUUCGAGUGAUGCGCUAUGCUGCUGCUGUGUCAUCUGAUGCUCAUGUGGAGGUGAUUCAGCGAGUGCGACCAGGAAUGAUGGAGUAUGAGAUGGAGGCGGAUUUUCUGCACCAUGCAGCCGUGGUUGGGGGAUGCCGUUUAGCCGGGUACACAUGCAUAUGCGGCACAGGCCCCAACAGCAGCAUUCUGCACUACGGUCAUGCUGGUGCCCCCAAUGAUAGGGAGUGCAGGGAUGGGGACAUGGCACUUCUGGACAUGGGGGCUGAGUAUUUCACAUAUGGCGCUGACAUCACAUGCUCCUUCCCUGUCAAUGGCACCUUCACUGCAGAUCAGCGGCUGGUGUAUGAGGCAGUCCUGGCAGCACAGAGAGCCGUGUUUGGCGCAAUGAAGCCGGGAGUCAGCUGGGUGGACAUGCAUAGGCUAUCAGAGCGAACCAUUCUGGAGCACCUCAAAGGAGGGGGGUUGCUGCAGGGGUCUAUUGACGACAUGAUGGAACAGCACCUGGGAGCCCUGUUCAUGCCGCAUGGGCUGGGGCACUUUCUUGGCAUUGACACACAUGAUGUUGGUGGCUACAAUAACGCAGAGAGGUUGAACGAGCCAGGGGCCAAGUCUCUUCGCACAACAAGGCACUUGGAAGCUGGCAUGGUGAUCACAGUCGAGCCGGGCUGCUAUUUCAUCGACACUCUGUUGGAUCCAGCCCUAGCUGACCCGGCUGUUGCCCGCUUCCUUGUGCCUGAGAGAAUCGCCCACUUUCGAGGCUUCGGUGGUGUGAGGCUGGAAGAUGACGUGGUGAGUGGCGGUGGUUUGCGCUGUUGCCUCACCCUCCCACCCACCACGUCAUCGCCUCUCCCUCCCACCCACCUUUCAAUCGCUACUCCCCUCCCACCCCGCCAUCCUCUCUCGAUUCCAGCCCGCCAUCCCCUCUCCCUCCCACUACGCCGAGGCCUCUCCCUCCCUCCCGCCGUCGCCUCUCCGUUCCUCCCGCCGUCGACUCUCCCUCCCUCCCGCCGUCGCCUCUCCCUCCUCCCCGCCGUCGCCUCUCCCUCCUCCCCGCCGUCGCCCAUCCCUCCUCCCCGCCGUCGCCUCUCCCUCCUCCCCGCCGUCGCCUCUCCCUCCUCCCCGCCGUCGCCCAUCCCUCCUCCCCGCCGUCGCCUCGCCCUCCUCCCCGCCGUCGCCCAUCCCUCCUCCCCGCCGUCGCCUCUCCCUCCGCCUCACAGUCACCUUUCCCUCCCAUCCGCCGUCGCCGCUCCCCCCCAUCCGCCGUCGCCGCUUCCUCCUCCCGCCGUCGCCGCUCCCUCCCAUCGGCCGUCGCCGCUCCCUCCUCCCGCCGUCCCCGCUCCCUCCCAUCCCGCCGUCGCCUCUCCCUCGCAUCCCGCCGUCGCCUCUCCCUCCCAUCCCGCCGCCGACUCUGUCGACAGGUCACGAGCAAGCUGGUGCGCGAGUGGGAGCCGGUGCGCGAGCGCGGGUUUGACUCUGCACCGUGAAUUGCAGGGCGUGUUGCAUUCUCUGUUUUUACUUUGUGCAGGGCUCGUAAGCUGCAUUCUUUGA